AUGGCUUCCCACAUCUUUCUCUUCUCCACACCUUUUUUGGUUUUUUCCUUACUUGCUUAUGCUUCCUUCUUUGCUUCUUUUGCUUACUCGGCUACUGGAGCUGCUGAAGUAGCAAAUGGAAGGAAGGAAGCGGAAGCUCUUCUACAAUGGAAACUCAGUCUUGACAACCAAAGCCAGUCUCUCCUGUCUUCUUGGGCUGGAGACAGCCCUUGCAACUGGUUCGGAAUCAGUUGCGACAAGUCUGGUAGUGUCAUCAACAUAAGUCUGCCCAAUUCUAGUUUGAGAGGGACGCUUAAUAGUCUCCGAUUCUCUUCCUUUCCUAACUUGAUUGGGCUUUUCCUUCCCAACAACUCCCUUUAUGGUUAUGUUCCUUCACAUUCAGGCAUCCUUUCUAACCUCGCCAUCCUUAACUUGUCUUCCAAUAACCUUUCUGGCAACAUUCCACCGGAAAUUGGAAAUUUAGUAUCUCUCACUAUUUUAGAUUUGUUCUCUAAUAAACUAACCGGUACAAUACCGAUAUUUUUAGAAAAUUUAAAAAGCUUAUCUAUACUUUACCUUUGGAAUAACAAUCUUUCUAGUCCCCUUGCUAUUAUCGGAAACCUCACGAGAUCUCUUACUAUUUUAGCUUUGUCAUAUAAUAAACUAACUGGUAUAAUACCAGCAUCUUUAGAAAAUUUAAAAAGCUUAUCUGCACUUUAUCUUUACAAUAACAAUUUUUUUGGUCCAAUUACUUUUAUUGGAAACCUGACGAGAUCUCUUACUCUUUUAUCUUUGGCGUCUAAUAAACUAACUAGUACAAUACCAGCAUCUUUAGAAAAUUUAAAAAGCUUAUCUGCACUUAACCUUUACAAUAACAAUUUUUUUGGUCCAAUUACUUUUAUCGAAAACCUGACGAGAUCUCUUACUUUUUUAUCUUUGGGGUCUAAUAAACUAACUGGUACAAUACCAGUAUCUUUAGAAAAUUUAGUAUUUCUCACCAUUUUAGAUUUAUCAUCUAAUAAACUAACCGGUAGAAUACCAACAUCUUUAGGCAAUUUAAGAAGCUUAUCUCUACUUCACCUUGCGGAAAACAGUCUUUUCGGUCCUAUUCCUCCAGAAAUGAACAACCUUACACAUUUGUAUGCGUUACAAAUAUUUUCUAAUAGAUUGUCUGGUAAUCUACCACGAGAUGUGUGCCUUGGUGGAUUACUUUCACAGUUUGCUGCGUUUGAAAAUUAUUUCACGGGACCUAUCCCAAAAAGCUUGAGAAAUUGCAGCAGCUUGUUGAGACUCAGACUUGAGAGAAACCAACUUAGUGGAAACAUAUCUGAAGCUUUUGGCACACAUCCUCAUUUGAACUACAUGGAUUUGAGUGAUAAUGAAUUGCAUGGUGAACUUUCAUUGAAAUGGGAGCAGUUUAACAAUCUGAUAGCCUUCAGAAUUUCUGGAAACAAGAUUUCUGGAGAAAUACCAGCAGCUCUUGGAAAGGCAACUUAUCUACAAGCUCUUGACCUGUCGUCAAAUCAACUAGUUGGGAGAAUUCCCGAAGAAUUGGGAAAUUUGAAGUUGAUUGAACUUGCACUCAGCGAUAACAGACUUUCAGGUGAUAUUCCUUUCGAUGUCGCAUCGCUAUCUGAUCUCGAAAGGCUUGGCCUGGCGGCGAACAAUUUUAGUGCAACAAUUCUUAAACAGCUUGGUAACUGUUCAAAACUGAUAUUCUUGAAUAUGAGCAAGAAUAGAUCGACAGGGAGUAUUCCUGCUGAGAUGGGGUCUUUACAGUCUCUUGAAAGUCUUGAUCUCAGCUGGAAUUCCCUGAUGGGAGGUAUAGCAACGGAGCUUGGACAGCUGCAGCGACUAGAGGUAUUAAACCGCUCCCAUAAUAUGCUGUCUGGUCUCAUUCCAACCAGUUUUAGUAGACUGCAAGGCCUCACUAAAGUGGAUGUAUCCUAUAACAAGUUAGAGGGUCCCAUUCCUGACAUCAAAGCCUUUCGCGAGGCACCAUUUGAAGCAAUUCACAACAACACCAACCUGUGUGGCAAUGCUACUGGUUUGGAGGCUUGUGCUGCUCUCAUGAAAGUGCGCAAGAAGGGCCCCAAAGUUGUCAUUUUGACUGUAUUUUCUCUGUUGGGUAGUUUGUUGGGUCUGAUUGUAGGUUUUUUUAUCUUUUGCCAAAGCACAAGAAAGAAAAGGUUGGUGGAAGCACAACAAAUAUUGCAAUGUAAAGCGGAUGUUUCCGCGAGAUGGUGCCCUGAUGGAGAACUGCGCUACGAGGACAUCAUUGAGGCUACUGAGGAAUUCGACUCCAAAUAUUGCAUUGGUGCAAGAGGGUAUGGAGUUGUUUACAAAGCUGUACUUCCAUCAGAACAAGUCCUUGCCGUGAAGAAAUUCCACCAAACACCAGAAGUUGAGAUGAGCAGCUUGAAAGCUUUUAGAAGCGAGAUUGAUGUCUUAAUGGGUAUACGGCAUCGAAAUAUUGUGAAGCUUUAUGGUUUCUGCUCGCAUGCCAAACACUCAUUUUUGGUAUAUGAAUUUGUGGAAAGGGGAAGUUUAAGAAAGUUACUGAACGACGAGGAACAAGCAGUAAAGAUGGAUUGGGAUAAAAGGAUAAAUCUUAUCAAAGGCGUUGCCAAUGCUUUAUCCUACAUGCACCAUGACUGUUCUCCUCCGAUUAUUCAUAGAGACAUUUCCAGCAACAAUGUUCUUUUGGAUUCAGAAUAUGAGGCUCAUGUCUCUGACUUAGGCACAGCAAGGCUCUUAAUGCCUGACUCAUCCAAUUGGACAUCAUUUGCUGGCACCUUUGGGUACACAGCUCCAGAGUUGGCAUACACAAUGAAAGUGGAUGAAAAAUGUGAUGUGUAUAGCUUUGGAGUAUUAACAUUGGAAGUAAUGAUGGGAAAGCAUCCUGGCGAUUUCAUCUCAUCUGUGAUGUUUUCUGCUUCCACCUCCUCAUCGUCACCAAGCGGUCACAAUACACUCUUGAAGGAUGUUUUAGACCAGCGCCUGCCACCUCCUGAAAACGAGCUUGCGGACGGUGUGGCACAUGUUGCAAAACUAGCAUUUGCUUGCUUGCAGACCGAUCCCCAUUAUCGCCCAACAAUGCGACAAGUUAUUACAGAGCUUACAACUCGUUGGCCUUCACUGCCAAAGCGAUUAUCCAGGAUGGAAAUGGAAGAUAUACUGGUUCACAGAAAUGUUAUUGGUUGAAUUUUUACAUACUUGGCCGUCUCUGUUUUUCCUUUCCUUUCUGUUCUCUUCUGUCCUGUGCAACUCCCUGUGUUUGCUCCCUCGUGUUAUGUCCUCCUCUGCAUUUUGCUCGUCUGUUUUCGUCUGUUCGCCCGUCUGAUUUUCUCCCUGCGUUUUCGUUCUUCUCUGUCUUAUUCUUCUUUUGGUUUUUCUUUUCUGUCCUCACCUCUGCUAUUCUUUUGCUCAUUUGUUUGUUCUCCCCCUUUUCGUCCUCCUGUUGCGUUCGUAUUUAUAGGCAAGAGAAUGCAAUUGCACCUCUCAGAGUGGUGAUCGUGCAGCUGCAGAGAUAGCAUCCAUUAUUGGACUAUUAACGGCACAUCAUGAGGGAAAGACGUUACCACAUUCUUUGCCGUUUCUGCUGAAUCGAGACGAAGGAGAUGAACAGUUUGAUUUGAAACGGUGUCGUUUUCAGAUGGGAAUAGCCAUUUUCAAUUUGGUCACUGAAGUUCUGAAAUUUUGUAAUCAAGACCCUGGGUAAAUUGUAAUUAGCACCAUUUACAACAUGGUCCUUGUAUUUUAAUUUCCUGCAAUUUUAACCUGAAUCUGCUCCAAACUUUGGUAUUUAUUCAAUUAAGCCCCUGAUUUCAUUAA